UCUGAUCGUUUAUUUAUAACUAGGAUGUUAAAAGUUAAAAAAAUUUAUUUCAUGAUUUAUUUGAUCAGCUUCAACCAUGGAGGAAAAGAAGCCAAAAUUUUGUGAAUCACCUUAUUUAUAUCCUAGUGAAGAACCACAAUCGCGUGGUAUUUCUUUCCGACGAUUUAUAAUCAUCGUUACAUUGUUGAAUUUUGUUGCCAUUUCUAUCAUAACUGGUUACGUUUUAUACAAUGUAUGGUUACUCGAGACAACAAUCGACGAACCCUUCGUUGAUUGGCAAAAGGACGAUUCAAAACCUUUGAUAACAACUUAUUACGAGUCCAGUUUUACUUCGGGUGGUGUUUUUAGAGCACCUGCCCCUAGCAAAGCUGACCCGAAAUCUCCACAAUGUACUUUGCCCAAUGAAAGUAAAUUUGAUUGUAACCCUGAUGAACCUGUUAACCAGCAAGUUUGUGAAUCAAGAGGAUGUUGUUGGGUUCCUGUUACAAGAAGCAAACGUAAUAUACCUCUUAAUAUACCUUACUGUUUCUACCCAAGUGACUACAAGCUUUAUGAUGUUGCUGAUAUCAAACAAGGUGAUAACAAUGCAACGCUCAAACUUGUUCGUAAAACCGCCUCUGGUUUCCCUGAUGAAAUUGAUAAUGUAAACGUUGAGAUAAUCGGACUCGAUAGUGAACGACUUCGAGUAAGAUUUGUUGAUGCUGAAAAGGAUCGUUUUGAAGUUCCAAUGCCCUUUUUCAAUUUAUCAAAAGCAGAACAGAUUAAAUCACCUUUGUACAAAAUUAAAAUCAAUGAUGAUGGAAAAUUGCAAAUUAGCCGAGCAUCAACUGGAACUAUCAUAUUUAAUGCUGAUCUUUCAACACUGAUUUACGCUGAUAAAUAUAUUCAACUACAUGUUCACGUCCCUUCUACCUAUCUUUAUGGUCUUGGUGAGCAUAAAGCUCCUUUCAAGAAAGAUUUGACUGGUUGGAAUCGAUACACAAUGUUUGCCCGUGAUAUUGGUCCAACUGAAAAUGUCAACCUCUAUGGUUCUUAUCCAUUUUACAUAAUGCCUGAAGGUGAUGAUAAAAUGAAUGCCCAUGGAGUAUUUUUGCUCAACAGCAAUGCCAUGGACGUUCUUACUCAAGCUGCUCCAGCUAUCACUUAUCGAACUGUUGGUGGUAUUCUUGACUUUUUCAUUUUCUUGGGUCCAUCAGCACCUGAAGUUGUUAGACAGAAUGUCAAUCUUAUUGGGCGACCAGUACUUCAACCUCAAUGGGCUUUCGGAUUUCAUCUUUGUCGUUACGGUUACAAUAGUUUGGCUAAAACUCGCGAAACAUUGGACCGAAAUUUAGCUGCUGGAAUUCCAGUCGAAGCACAAUGGAAUGACAUUGAUUACAUGGAUCGCUACAACGAUUUUACUUAUGAUAAAAACAAUUUUGCUGGUCUUGGUGAUUUUGUCAAAGAGUUGCAUUCUAAGAAUAUGCAUUAUGUCAUUAUUUUGGAUCCUGGUGUUAGUGCUGCGGAACCAGCUGGAACAUAUCCACCAUAUGACGAUGGAGUUAAGGCUGAUAUUUUUAUCAAAAAUACCACUAAUCAAAUUUUUGUCGCCAAAGUUUGGAAUCUUGUGUCAACUGCUUAUCCUGAUUUCACCAAUCCAGCUACAGUUGAUUAUUGGAAGAACCAAUUAAUGAACUUGCGAAAGGAAGUUGAAUUUGAUGGCAUUUGGAUUGACAUGAAUGAACCAUCUAACUUCUUGGAUGGUCAAUUCAAUGGAUGUCCUAACGAUCCUUAUGAAAACCCGCCCUAUAAACCCGGUGGAAAUAAUCUCAGAUCCAGAACAGUUUGUAUGACUGCCAAACAACACCUUGGUAUUCAUUACAAUCUUCAUAAUCUUUACGGACUUUACGAAAAUGUUGUCUCCUACAAGGCUUCUCUCGAUAUUUUUGGAGCUCGGCCAUUCAUUCUUUCUCGUUCAACUUACCCUUCACAGGGUCAUUAUGCUUCUCACUGGUCUGGAGAUAUUCAAUCAUCUUGGGAUCAUAUGAAAUAUUCAAUUUCAAACAUGCUUGAAUUCAAUAUUUAUGGAAUUCCCAUGAUUGGAAGUGAUAUUUGCGGUUUCAAUGGUAAUACUGAGGUAGAGCUUUGCAUGAGAUGGUCAGCAUUAGGUGCUUUCUACCCAUUUUCGCGUAAUCACAACGACAUUCAUGGAACCGAGCAAGAUCCAGCCAUUUUAGGACCAACUGUUGUCGCUGCAGCUAAAUAUGCCUUGGGCGCUCGCUACAAACUAUUGCCAUAUCUUUACACCUUAUUUGCUAAAGCUAACAUGAAUGGAGAUACUGUUGUUAGAUCACUGUUUUUCGAAUUUCCUUUGGAUAAAAAUACUUAUGCAAUUGAAACCGCUUUCCUUUGGGGUUCAAGUUUAUAUAUUGUCCCAGUUCUGGAAGCUCAAAAAACUCAAGUUGAUGCUUACUUCCCAAAUGAACUUUGGUAUAAUUUCGAUGAUAAAAAACUAGCAUUUAACAGUACUGGUGAAACCAAAACUAUAACGAUUGACAAUGACAAAAUUGGUCUUUUCAUGCGAGGAGGAUCAAUCGUGCCUGUGUAUCAAAACUCAGCAAACACAACUGCUGAGCUCAGAAAACAAAAAUACUAUUUGAAUGCUUACCUCGAUAGGUCAGGAAAUGCAGUUGGUGAAAUUUACCAUGAUGAUGGUAAAUCGGUUGACAGUAUUGAAGCUGGCAAUUAUAUUCACGCAAGUUGCAAAGCUAACAAAGAACGACUAGUCUGCAGUUAUAGGAAUAUGGCGGAAUUCGAUGAUUACAGAGUCGGAGGUGUUACAAUUUCGGGACUCCAUGAACAACCUAAAAAGAUAAAUCUCAAUGGACAAUUUUUAUCCAGUAACAGUUACUCUCAUGAUGGAUCAACACUCUCGAUUGAGCUGCCUGACGACUUUUACUCUUCACAAUCAUUUGCUAUCGAAUUUAGAUAUUAAUGAAUGACUAAUCCACAAUAGCAUUCGAAAAAUAUUGACCGAAUUAUGAGAUUUUAUUAGAUACUUUAAUUUAACAUUGUAAAAUUAUUGUUUUACUAUUUUUGAUGUUUCAAAUUUUUAUUUUAGCUUCAAGCUCUAACAAAUCCUGAUUCAAACUCAUUAAAAUCAAAGAUUUUAUGCAAAAAAAA